AUGUCCGUACUCAAUGCAUACAUUAAUCCUCCACCCAGCACCACCAUGGGUUUUGGUGCCUUUCAAUUGAAUAAUCAAGCGCAAGCCUUGAGUAAUGCGGGAGAUCAAGAAGGUGCCGAACGGCUGCAUUUGCAGGCAUUAGCCAUCAAGGAAGAAGCAUUUGGGAAAGACUCAAUACAGGUUGCCUUGACGAGGAAUGCCCUCGGGGAGGUCCAGCUCUUAAUGGGGAAGCUUGAAGAAGCAGAGAACAACCUCAAGAUUGCCGUACGAAUCCGGAAUGAAAGUCUGUUUGAAAGCGCAGAUGCUGCUGUGUCUCGCGAGAACUUGGCUCAAGUUUACGAAGCAAAGGGUAAUCUAACUGAAGCUAAACGCAUCAGGCUUUCUGGGGCUCCUUCUGCAAUGUACGGCAGUGCCCACAAGCAAUACUCUCCAGAAGUGCACUUUCCCAGUGCAAGCAAUGCAAGUGCGCUUACUACUGCUCUAAGGCAUGCCAAAGGAGGGACUGGGUCACUCGCCACAGACAUCUUUGCCGUGCCCCCGAGUAAUUGUACUCGUACAGUAUGUAUACCACUGCGGUUGAAUGGAAAGCGCUUUUUGCUUUUCGUUGCUUGGGAUGUUUUUACUCUAGCUGCCUUUAUCUGUACGCAUCAGCGACGUGCUUUACGUUGGACAUACACUGUCAAUAUUGAGAUAUCUCUGCCGUUGAUCCCUGGUACCUGUGCACCAACAACGAACGUACAUCGUUGUCGGUUUCUGAAUUCAUUUACUUUCGGUUAG